CUGCUUGGGACCUGGUGCCCAAUAAAUGUCUAUGCAAGAUGGCGUUUAUCCUUACGAAAAAUUUCAAAUUUGCUAGUUAUAAAAUAGACAUGUCAACAGUCACUUUUCGGCGAUGACAAACUACAGUUCAAAUCAGCGGCAAAGAUUAAGUGAGACAGAUAUAUGUUUGAUCAUAAUUGCUGUCUUCUGUUUCUUUCUGGUCAUUUUUGUUGGUCUGGCAUGCUGCCGUCAGAAGAGAGCUAAAGGAAAGAAAAAAGCAUCACAACGAAAGAUUCGAAACAGAGCAAAUUGUGAUUCACCAUUGAUGCAUGAGACAACUGUAACUGGACAUUUAACACAUGCUAGUUCUGAAGAGAUCCUCCACAAAACUCAACGAAACACAAGUAGGAAGAAUAAGAAGUUGCCUUCAGCUAAGCCAUCUAUUCUUGGCAAAAUCAUGUCAAAAAAGAAAGAUUCGACUAAGGAAAAAAACCCCAAGAAGUUCUUGAAGCCAACACCAACUAAAACACAUCCUUUAUCAAAUAAUGAACUAACUUAUAUUGAACAAGGGGAUGCUAUGUACAGUAAGGAACCAUCUCGUGAAAAUUCUUCAAACAAUACCAGUCAUGACAACAUAGAGAGUGAAUUAAAUGAUGCAGGAUUUGAAGAAGAUUAUAAAGAACUUGCACCAAACGAAAACGUUCACGAAAACGUUCACGAAAACACUUUAAAAAUUGAAAAGCUAGAGGAAAAACAAAAAAAUCAGAAUUCUGAAGAAAUGGCACAUUCUACUCACUUAGAUAAUGACAGUCUCAGUGAUGACCCAUGUGCAUUGCCAUCUUUGGAAAACUAUGAGUGUACUAAAGAUGUUGAGAUAUGUGAACAUGAGCAUUCUACAAUAAUCAAUCCUGGUAGUUCACAGCAAGGCCAAUCAAUUGAAAAAGAAGAGAAGUUAUUAAGUGACAAUGGACGUCCUGAGUCUAUCGGCAGUACAUACAAUGUUGUGCAGUAUGCAAAAAAAGAAUGGAAAAGUGACACGAUCACUGCAGUUGCUGUUAGAAACGGAUACUGUGAAAUACCUCAUAUGCUUGGUCUCAAUAAAAUCCUUUUGAUUCGUGGCGACAACUAUUGUGCAAUUCGAGCGACGCUUUUCCAAGUCCUCGCUAAGAAUAUCUCGUUUAUGUCGCGUUUCGACGUCAGUAUUGAGAAAAUUCCUGAAGAAAUGAAAGACUUUCGAUACAUUGAAGAAUGGACUUUUGCUUCACGUCUUCCUGUUUCAAGAGAAAAAGUUUUCACGCAAUUAGUUGACUGUCUUUCCGAAUUGAAAAAAUUGGCACUUUUGACGGCAAAUAUGAGUCAAGAAGAGGGAAGAGUCAACCAUCUCAUAUCUCAAUUUAACUUCCAACCACAAGAGUUUGAAAUCAGAAUAUUGGAAGCUACAAAAUUUCUUAUGUUCUACAAAGCCUUCCAGCUGCAUAGGAAGAUAAAAAAUAACGUUGAUGUGCCUAUAUUUGCCAUGAUAAUGUACGCACGUGACUCAUCUUUAGAUCCUUGGCAUCUUAUGACGAAGCACUUGAACGCGGUCGGCGAUAAGGGGGGACUGGAACAGGUUGAAAUGCACUUACUUGGUUAUUCACUUGGAGUAAAGAUAAGAGUCGUAAGACCAAUGCAGUUUGAUCAGCCCGACUUUAUUGCGCACUAUCCCGAUGACAUGCCGGAAGGUACACCUGUGAUUACGUUGGUUGCCGAAGAUGAUCGACAUUAUAAUGUAUUAAUUUAAAACUGUUGUAAAGUAUAGUUAACGAGAUGUCUUGUAGGUAUAUUACCAUUUGGUGAAUUGAAAUUCAAUUACUAAUGAGAUUCUCUAAAUUGUAAUGAAUGAAGAAGUCUGAAAACAUCGAAUCAUGAGAAAAUAAACUUGUAUAUAUCUGUACAAUACAUUAACAUUACAUGUGUUGCAAUAAUUA